AUGUCUGCCACUGUUAUAACACUAACUAAUUCUAAAGGUUUUGCAGUAACUACUACAUCACAAGGUGGAGUUAUUGUUGGCAUCAAAUUACCUAAUGGUCCUGAUAAAGAUCAGGGUUAUCCUGGUGAGGUUGAAGUUAUAGCUACCUACACUGUUACAGAGGACAAUGAAAUUUGCUUGGAAUAUUGUGCUACCACAGAUGCUCCGACACCCAUUAAUCUGACCAAUCAUUGCUAUUUCAAUCUAGCUGGGAAGAUUACAGGAGCAACCACUCACAAUAUACUUGAGGUCUAUACUAAUCAGCCCUGCGUUCAGCUGUAUCAAGGAGGGUACCUCGAUGGUUCUUAUAAUGGACUGGAUGGAAAACCUAUUCUGAAAUAUACUGGUCUGUGUCUUGAAACUCAGAAACAUCCAGAUGCUAUUAAUCAGCCAAAUUUUCCCUCCACUCUUGUGCGUCCUGGAGAGAAGUACUACAGCAAAACAGUCUGGAAGUUUACCUCAGAAUAA